AUGGGCAAAAAGAAGAAGAACAGUGGUAAUGGUACUGGUAACGAUGAUGGUUUUUUCCAAUGUGCGCCAACCGACGCGAACGGGACACCGAUCGAUGUAGAGCGAGAAACGCUCGAGGAAAUGAGACAAAGACACGCGAGAGAAAUACAAAGCGUUCGGGAGUAUUGCCAGAAGUUUUUCCAAAGCGGGAUGAAGCAAGCGAAGACGAAAGCGAUGAUAGAGGAAGGGAAAGUCACGGACAGACACUUGGAGGAGGAAAAUGCGCUAGAGAGGAGGGUGUUUGGAACGCCAGACGCGAGUAGCAGUGAGGGCGAGGAGGAGGAAGAAGAAGACAAGAGCAAAACGGAUAAAGAGGAAGCGAGCGAGGAAAGGAAACAGCAAGGUGGUCCGACGAAAGCGCAGAAGCGACGGGAAAAGAAAGCGGCGGAGGAGAAAGCGAGAGAAUUAGCGAUCGAGAUGGAACGCGCGCGACUUCGCGAGUCUGGACCGUCCAAGAAAGAAAUCGAAGAGGAAGCGAUGCGGCGAGCGCUGAAGGCGUUGGAUUUGACGCUGAGGGAGGUGAAAGCGGACGGACACUGUUUGUAUCGCGCGGUAGCGGAACAAGUGGAUGAGAUGAAAGAGGAGAGUAGGUACGGGGAAGUGAGGACGAUGUGCAAGGACGAGAUGUUGAAGAACAGAGAAGAGUACGAAGCGUUCGUGGAAAUGGAAGAGGCUGGAUCGUACGAAAAGUAUUGCGAAAAGGUGGGAUCGACAGCCGAGUGGGGCGGGCACGUGGAGAUGUUAGCCAUUGCGAGAGCGCUGCGGAGGAACGUGGAGGUUUUUGAAGUCAGGCCAGGUGGAGAGGUGGAGAAGAUGGUCGUCGAAUGUGUUGGUAGCGGUGUGGAAGGAGAAGAGGGAAAAGGCGGAUCGUCGUUUCCGUUGCGCGUGGCGUUUAUGAAAGAAUCGUACACGCUAGGGGAGCAUUAUGACGCUGUCGUUAGUUUAUGA